UUCUCAUGAGACACAUCCUGCGAAGUGGAAUUUUCUUGCUAGUACAAAAUGCAUAUUUCGGCUAUCUUUUUCAUUGGUCUUUGCUUGAUCGCGGGAUGUGUGGCGGCUACUACCAAGAAGCCCGUUGCACCACCGGCCAAACCAUCAGCGCCAUCUGCUGCCAAACCGCCGGCAGCGCCAGCCAAACCGGCCGCCCCGGCUAAACCGAUGGCCACCCGACCGGAGCCGGCGGAAGCCGAAUUCCCGGUGCCUGGUGAUCAUCCCAUUCACAAGCCGUCAGGGAUCUCUAGUCAUCCGGCCAAGACCCGCAUUUCCGGUGAACUUUUUAAUGCGAACAAGACGAAACUGGACGAAGAUACCAAACAUAUUCUGGACAUAAUCAACCAAAUUGUCAAAGACAAACAAGCCCAGAAAGGAGCCGAUCAUUGUCGCUUCAGCGAAAAAGACCUAAAGGUGGACCAACUCAAGAAAUAUGUUCAAAUUCCCGAUGACCUGCGAAAAAAUCACCCGUUGUGCUUCUGGGGUAACUUGAAAACCGAGAAGGCCAUUGGCUACAUUGAAAACGCCAAGACCAGCAAAACCGACGACAAACAUUUGGACUGUGUUCGCCUGGAAUCGACCACGUUUGGUUAUGUUCUUGUCACACAUUUCAAAAAAGACAUGGACCUCAAAAGUCUUCCCAAAGAAUGGAAUAAGUGCCAGUGUCAUGAGCCGGAAUGGUGGGGUCCUACAAAUGACAUCGGUAAACUUGAUGAGAACACACUGGAUAUUAUCGAUAUGCCGUUGUGGAAGGCGCUGUGGACUUUGGGCAGUCGAGAAUUCGCAAAGGAAUUCAAAGGAAAGGAAGUGAUUGCCGUGUUCAAUGCCGAAGAAAACAAGCGACAAACUGCUCCGUAUGGGGAUACUUUUAUAAAGACUGAAUUAAAAGUCUUGAAAAAACAUAAAGACAACGCUAACAAUGCGGCGGAUUUUACGACCUUCGUCGUGUACGUAGUGAAAGAAGAUGGACCUUUGCCGACCAAAGCCGCUGGGAACAAUCAGUGUGAAGUGGCAGCAAAUGCCCCGCCGACCACUACUGCCGCACCCAAGACGCCUUACGUGUAUACCAGCUGCACGGAUCCGAAGCUGACGACUGCCUUCGACACCAACGUUUUGCCAAGCCUCAAAAUUACCAGAUCGGAUACUACAUUCAAAUGUCAUUACGUUCAUAUUUGAGCAAAAAAUGCAAAAUAUUUACAGCUGUUGAGUUUUAUUUGACAGCUUUCGAGCACCCUUUUGCUGCAAACUAGUUUUCUGGAUACAGUUUUCUUUAUCAGCUUUUUAGCUUAUGUCGUGGCUGCUUGAUAAGUAAGUAAAUGGCAAAGUAGAGGUGGAUAGCUUGAAAGUCUGCAAAACGAUUAAAUCUACAAAAAAGU